UGUAGACAACACCCUAGCCUUUAGGUCGGUCCUAUUUGAGGAGUAUGGGACCAACCUUCAGUCAUGGCCAUCACUUCGGGAGGGCACCGUAGCUCCGGGUCUUAGGAAAUACGUAGAAGAGUCUAGUCAUGAGAUAGCCUCGGAUCCGGAACCCGCGCCAGCUCGAGAAGUAAUUGACUUAGAUUCCCCCGCAGGAGCUCCGGGGCCGAUGGUCGUAACCAUAGAUUCCUCUUCUAGCUCGGGGGGUAGGAUUCCCUUUAGCACAUAUAUAUACUUGAAUUUCGCUUUUUUUCCCUUUGUUUUUGUUUUUGCAUGACUGCUAACUUGUGUACUAACCAUAUCUUUGUUUUUACAGAAGAUAUGUCUCAGCCCGGAGGAAAGAAUCUGCGAACUGUGUUCACCAGAGGGGACUCCUCCGCUGGGGCUUCUGGGCCCAAAAUGAAAAAGCUCCGGAUGUCGAAGAAAGCCGCCGGGACCCCAACCAAGUCUCCUGCAAAGGAGAAAGAGCAGCCCCCAGCCGCCCAGAUCGAGGAAACUGCACCUCCUGCUGUAGGGGGGAGCAUGCCCCCACCCCUUUCGCAAGCUCCGGCCUUCGUCCGGGACACAGGGGCGGAGCCCGGGGCUUCGGCAAUUGCACCUCCCGAGGUGCGUAUCCCGGUUGACCCCCAGGACCUGGAGAAGAUUCCAGAUGUCUUUCGGGGGACGGUGUAUGAGACGGCGAACUACGCCGUCAGCCACUUCUACCGAUUCAACGAGAGGGAGCUCAGGGCCAUCGAAACAAGGAGCCCGGUGGGCGUACUGGAAUCUUCAUUGGGCAUGGCCCUAACGAGCGCCUUGGCCCUUCACCGGAGCAUAGCCAGGACCAAGGCCCAGCUCGAGGAUAUGAGGGGCGAGCAUCAGGCGGUUGUGGCCACCCACCAAACUUCCUUGCAGACGACCAAGGAUGCCCUGGCGGCCGCGCAGGCCGAGCUGGAAGAAGCCCAUCUCAAGCUUCAGGAGGUCAAGGCUACCAAAGCCGCCCUCGCCGCUGCGCGAGCAGAGCUAGACACUACGAAGGCUGGGGCCGAGGAGGCCAAGGCCGCCCUGGAAGCCGAGAAGGCAGCUUCAGGAAUCGCCAUGGAGGACAUGCUUUACCAUUGCUGGGCCUACAACCCGGACGACGACUUCUCCUUCUCGGGAGCGGACGUCUGGGAGCCCUUGCUGGAGGGGUUUAAAGCUCGCCUCCAGAAAGAAGCACCUUCUGAGACCGGGGAAGCCUCCGUCGCAGCCGAGCAGGAAGGCGAGACGGCGACCUCCACGGGGCCGACUGGUGGAGCCUAGGGCCUUUCCAUUUUGCAUCCACUCUUUUAUUAUUCUCAUUUUUUUUUUGUGUAACUUUUGCAUGAGGUGUUUCCACCUCGAGACAAUUAAUUUUUACUUAUAAUUGGUUUA